GAUUAGCCUGUCCUUUGGGGGAGCAGUCGGCCUCAUGUUCUUGAUGCUUGGAUGUGCCCUUCCCCAAUACAACCAGUACUGGCCACUGUUUGUUCUGUUUUUUUACAUCCUUUCUCCUAUCCCGUACUGCAUAGCAAGAAGAUUAGUAGAUGACACAGAUGCUACAAGUAAUGCCUGCAAGGAGCUAGCGAUAUUUCUUACAACAGGCAUUGUUGUCUCAGCGUUUGGGCUACCCAUAGUGUUUGCGAGAGCAGAACUGAUUUACUGGGGCGCGUGUGCACUGGUUCUUACGGGGAACACAGUCAUCUUUGCCACCAUCCUAGGAUUUUUCUUGGUCUUUGGCAGCAACGACGACUUCAGCUGGCAGCAGUGGUGAAAGGAAGAUCAGAGAACUAUCACAGGCAUCUUGUCAUACAGUGGCCAUCCAUACAAAUGAGAGAAUGGGCAAUAAAGAGAAGUAGCGUAGCAAGCCUCUUGAGUAUUCUAGAUGCUCCUUUUCACCUUGUUCGUGCUGAGUGUACUGCUGUUGCUGACAGAGUUUCUACAUUUUUAUGAAGUGCACAGAUGAUUGAUUUCAUUUUUACCUAUGGUAUGUUUUUAGGUGCUUUCUUGGUUUAAAAUUGUCAUCCUUCUGUCCAGUGUUUAUGUGAAGCUUUAAAUCUGGAACAAGAACAUUUAAACAUGGUUUCAAAGAAGAUUUAAAGUCUUGGGGUUUUUUUUAAGUUAAGCAUUAAUA